GACUACGAUGAAUGACAGGCGUUUGGUAUCGCCAUUAAAUGUCAAAUGUCACUUUGUGAUUUUGCCUAUUGGCUCGUUUGAGUGCAUUUGCCAAUAAUUGUCCCAUUUCGAGUUCAAAUUGAUUGCUCACUGAAUUGUGGAAUAUUUUGGGGAAGUGUGUUCCGGGUGUGUGUUUUUUGUUGUGGCCCCUUUCUGAACCCAUUCGCUGGCUGAUUUUGGGGUUAUUGGUAGAUGGUAGAGAGGCGCCCAGGGGGCGCUUAGGUGGUCCAAUGUCGGGCUCCUUUGAUGUGCACGACCGCAACAGCUGGUACUUUGGCUCUAUGACGCGUCAGGAGGCCACAGAAGUGCUAAUGGGCGAAAGGGAGGGCGGAGUCUUUCUGGUCAGAGAUUCAAAUACAAUCAUUGGGGACUUUGUUCUGUGCGUACGUGAAGAUGCCAAAGUCAGUCACUACAUCAUCAAUCGAAUUGUCCAGGGAGAUAAAGUAAUGUUUCGAAUUGGUGAUCAGUCAUUUGGUGAUCUCCCAGAACUUCUGGAUUUCUACAAGCUUCACUACCUGGACACUACACCAUUGAGACGUCCGGCAGUUCGACGAUUGGAAUGUGUUUUGGGGAAGUUUGAUUUUGAAGGAAGUGAUCAGGAGGAUUUACCUUUUCGAAAAGGUGAAUUGCUGUACGUUAUUAAUAAGGAUGAGGAUCAAUGGUGGACAGCUAGGAAUAUUCAGGGACAAAUUGGACAGAUUCCAGUGCCCUAUGUGCAGAAAGUUGAUGAAGCACAGGUGGCUAGUGAGAGAGCAAAUCUCAGUACGGGGCAAUUGCCACCGGAAGCCCACCUCAAAAAGUCAAAUCUCCACAGGCGUCUGCCGGCCCAUGCACGAGUGAAGCAACCGAGAGUACCGAAUGCAUACGACAAGACGGCGCUGAAGUUGGAGAUGGGAGAUGUGAUAAAGGUGACAAAAAUGAACAUAAAUGGACAGUGGGAGGGGGAAUUGAGGGGAAAAAUUGGUCAUUUCCCCUUUACUCAUGUCGAAUUCAUCGAUUCAGACCUCAAUGAUGACAGACAGUCUGACUAAGAGAGAGAGAGAGAAAGAGAGAGAGAUCAGCGCCAUCCAACGGUGGACAAAAGAAUGAGCGCGCAUAUUUUUAUAAAUUACAUUUAUUUUUUUUUUGUAGUAGAUUAAUUAUUUAUUUUGAGGCAGAAAAAAAACAACAACAACAAAAAGAUGUAAGAAAAAAUGUAUAAAUAAAAUGGGAAGAUUAUUGUAAAAAAAAAAA